AUUCAAAUAAACAAAAAGAAGUUAUAUUAACAGAUAAAAAGAAUAAGAAAGGAAACACACUAACUAUCCAAGUGUCUAUAGACUGGAGUAGAGGACCCUUCAUUGCAAAACCAAAAACACCACAAUGGCGUCACCAGCGGCGGCGAGGUCGCCGGUAUCAUCCGCCGCAUCUCCAAUGCAACGCCUCUCCACCUUCAAAUCCCCUUCCUCGGCCACCGCCACCGCCACAACUUCUUCCGCCCUUGACUCCCUCGCCACCGAUCCCAUCUUCUCGGCCUUCCUCUCCCCAUCCUUCUCCUCCACAUCCUUCUCCUCCGCCGCUCUAUCCUCCGGCUCCCCCGCCUCCACGGCGGAGAAACUUCACCACGCCAUCCACCUCCUCGAAAACCAGCUCCGCUCGGAAGUUCUCUCCCGCCACCACGACCUCCUCUCCCAACUCUCUUCUCUCCACCACGCCGACCACGCCCUCUCCACCCUCCGAUCCUCCCUCUCCUCCCUCCAAUCCUCCCUCCGCCGCCUCCGAUCCGAACUCUCCGAUCCUCACCGCUCCAUCGCCUCCAAAACCACCCAACUCUCCAAUCUCCACCGGACCACCGAACUCCUCCAACACUCCAUCCGCGCCCUCCGCAUCUCCAAGAAGCUCCGCGACCUCAUCGCCGCUUCCCCCGACUCCGACAAGCUCGAUCUCGCCAAGGCCGCGCAGCUCCACUCCGAGAUCCUCACUCUCUGCGAGGAAUACGACCUUGCCGGCAUCGAUGCCGUCGACGAAGAGCUCAAUUGGGUGAGGGAAACCGGAGAUCGGUUGAGGAGCGAGGCGAUGAAGGUUCUAGAACGAGGAAUGGAAGGGUUGAAUCAAGCUGAGGUUGGAACUGGGUUGCAGGUUUUCUACAACCUUGGGGAAUUGAAGGUCACUGUGGAGCAAGUGGUGAACAAGUAUAAGGGUUUGGGUGCUAAGAGUGUGAGUGUGGCUUUGGAUAUGAAGGCAAUUUCUGGAUCUGGUGGAAGUGGGUUCGGUCCUGGUGGAAUUAGAGGUAGUGGAACGCCUCAGAUUGGAGGAGGAGCUAAGGCUAGAGAAGCUUUGUGGCAGAGGUUGGGGAAUUGCAUGGAUCAGUUGCAUUCCAUUGCUGUUGCUGUGUGGCAUUUGCAGAGAGUUCUAUCCAAGAAACGUGACCCCUUUACCCAUGUUUUGUUGCUCGAUGAGGUUAUUCAGGAAGGUGAUCCCAUGCUAACAGAUCGAGUGUGGGAGGCCAUUACAAAGGCUUUUGCAAGCCAAAUGAAGUCUGCUUUCACUGCAUCAAGUUUUGUUAAAGAGAUUUUUACAAUGGGAUAUCCAAAGCUUUACACCAUGAUAGAGAAUCUACUUGAAAGAAUUUCACGUGACACAGAUGUCAAAGGAGUGUUACCAGCUAUUAAUACAUCUGGAAAAGAACAGAUAAUUUCAGCUGUCGAAAUAUUCCAGACUGCAUUUUUGGCUCAUUGCUUGAGUCGCCUUUCAGAUCUAGUGAAUUCUGUAUUUUCAAUGUCCAGUCGUGGAAGUGUUCCAUCCAAGGAACAAAUAUCAAGAAUUAUAUCACGCAUUCAGGAAGAGAUAGAAGCUGUUCAAAUGGAUGCACGCUUAACUCUUCUUGUUUUGCGUGAAAUAGGCAAGGUUUUAAUUCUUUUUGCAGAAAGGGCUGAAUACCAGAUAUCUACUGGUCCUGAAUCACGUCAAGUAAGUGGUCCUGCAACACCAGCACAACUCAAGAACUUUACAUUGUGUCAGCAUCUGCAAGAUGUUCAUACACGAGUAUCCUCUAUGCUUAAAGGAAUGCCUAGUAUUGCUGCAGAGGUGUUGUCUGCUUCAUUAGGUGCAAUAUAUGGUGUUGCUUGUGAUUCAGUAACAUCUUUAUUCCAGGCAAUGCUGGAUCGUCUCGAGUCUUGCAUUUUGCAAAUACAUGAUCAGAACUUUGGUGUACUUGGCAUGGAUGCUGCUAUGGACAACAAUGCUUCACCUUACAUGGAGGAACUCCAGAAGUGUAUUCUUCACUUCCGCAGUGAGUUUCUAUCUAGGUUAUUGCCUUCCAGAAAUACUACAGCUCCAGGGACAGAGAACAUAUGCACCAGGCUUGUCCAGAGUAUGGCCUCACGUGUUCUAGUAUUCUUCAUCCGACACGCUUCUCUUGUCAGACCACUUUCAGAAUCAGGCAAGUUGAGGAUGGCCAGGGAUAUGGCUGAAUUGGAGUUAGCUGUGGGCCAAAAUUUGUUCCCUGUUGAGCAACUUGGUGCACCAUAUCGAGCACUCAGAGCAUUUCGUCCACUUAUUUUCUUGGAAACAUCGCAGCUUGCAUCAUCUCCUCUUCUUCAAGAUUUGCCACCAAAUGUCAUAUUACAUCAUCUAUAUAGCCGUGGUCCUGAAGAAUUGCAGUCACCCCUUCAAAGAAACAAACUAACACCGUUACAGUAUUCAUUGUGGUUAGAUUCUCAAGGGGAGGAUCAAAUUUGGAAGGGCAUCAAAGCAACACUUGAUGAUUAUGCUGUAAAUGUGAGGAGCAGAGGAGAUAAGGAGUUUAGCCCUGUUUAUCCUCUAAUGCUUCAAUUGGGUUCGUCAUUGACUGAAAAGGUUCAGACCUCCUCAAGGUCUUGAUCCAGUAAGUAAUUUGUAGUCUAGCAAAUAAACCACAUCUGCGACUUCCCAGAUUGCUUCUUGAAAGUUGUUGGAAAGGGUUUAGUUGCAAAAACAUGAGGAAGAGGCCUGCUUGUUCUGCUAGCAAGCAUGAGGUACAAAGGUUUUAAAUGAUUUAAUAGUUUUUUUUCUCUCCCUUUUUCAUUUCUAUUCUUCCUCCUUCCUUCUUUCUUUCUUUACUGGAAUUACUGUUGUUGGUUAAUCUCGAUUUUCCCGAUUAAUUGUUAUAUUCAAUGUAGAGAAAUAUAGCUUUUUGAUGGAAGAUAGAAACAAGUGAUGUUGUAUACUCCGUACGAUUAAUGGACAUCUAAUCGAUUAUUUCACUGAUCACGUCUUACCUACGCCUGCGAAUAUCUUUCAUGUGUAGGGUAAACUAUAUUUUUCUCAGUAAGUUUGUCACAGCUUCAUGCAAUAGUUCACGUUAUAAUCUUUAUUUUCUUUUGUUGAAAUUAUGUUAUUGUCUUUAAUCAAAUUAGUUAUCAUCUUUUGUCUAAACUAGUAGAUCCUAUCAAAGUAUUGAUCGAAAAUAUAACCGCUAUGCUGUCUAACAAAGACAAAGUGAAAUUGAUGUUAAGAUUUUGUAUUUGCAAAAUUGCUGCCAAUCAUAAGGAAUUUCUGUUAUAUCUCGUGUGUUUGUUGGACCUAAAAAAUCGCGAAGCCUACCUGUGUCGGAAUUUUGUACUAUAUUAUUGUCUUCAAUGUCUUGUAUGAAUAUAAAGUAGUUCAAUACUCUGCGACUACGAGGCAUCAGCAUUCCUUUUCUCAUCCCCUUACUCCCACCUCCUCUCCCUUCUUUUUGAUGGAAGUUGGAGACAAAUUAUGUAGCUUUCAUUCUCCCUAUGAUUAAUGGCCAUUGAAUUAUCCAUUACUUCAUGUUUUAUGUUUGCAAAUAUCAUUCAUGUAGUGUAAAAGAUAAUAUCACGUGAGAACGCUUAUCUUUUGUGAUAAAGAAAAACAUGGUAUGACAGCAAUUGGAUCUAACUUAACAAUUACGAUCAUAUUUUGGAUAAAGAAAAACAGGUGCAUACGUGUAACAAUACUCAUAAUUCCACGGAACUCGUGCUUCCUAUAAACCAAAUGGAAUGAAGAGCAGGAAAUUCGCCCCCUAUGCUUUCAGUGUUCAAAUCAUCUGUGUAAGUUUGUUCAUCUACUGUUAAUAUCAAGUGUAAACGAAUUAAAGUCGAGCUGAAUGUAUACAUGAAUGAAAGGUAUGCAAAUAUUAAGACACUCUAUUCAAGAGUAAAUCCAUUCUUAUUAUAAAAGGAAACUAAAAAGUUACUUUGUUCACAGGGUUCAUUAAUAAGAUUGAAAACGAGUCAUUUUAAAAACUACAAUAAAUCCUUUGUCAAC